AUGAACAAACAACAACAACUUCAAAUGAAAAUUAAACAAGCAUUUUCAACUGCACUCGGACCAGUUACUUCAAAUAUUCCAAUGUUAUUAAUGGCAUGGUUAACAGGUUCUUCAGUAAGUUAUAUUAACCUUAUGUUUACUGCUACUUUAAUAAGUAAUUUUGUUAAUUCGGUUUCAAACGUAAAUGAAGUCUUUAAAAAAUAUACGACCAUUGACAAAAAUACGAUCUUAAUUCUUAAAGUAGUUUAUUUGAUUGCUUGUUGUGGUAUACUUGGGAUUGCAGUCUAUAAAUUUAGUAAAAUGGGAAUUUUACCAAACCGAGAUUCGGAUUUUCUCCCAUCAUUAUCACAACGAAUGGUUUGUUUCUUUCUUUUCAUUUUAUCUUGUUAUUUAUUCAGUUACAAAUAA